AUGGAAGCUAUCAAGGAGUCCCUGUCUACAAUGGCUGAAAUGUUUAACAGUAGAAUGAAUGAGUUCCAACAAGACCUGAGCAAAACCUCUACAGCACCUUCAAUAACAUCCAUUGCUGCAGAUUUUAGUAAUUUUAAAUUAUUCAUCCAGGCUGCAUUAACUUCUCUUCAAAAACAAGUAGAGUUGCUAAGCCGUGAAUUGGAUCGGAUGGAAUUAAGAAAGAGGCGAAAAAUGCUCCUCUUUCAUGGUGUUGCUGAGAAGAAGUCGGAAGACACACUUGGUUUAAUAACUUCCAUAGUUGCUGAACACCUGGAUUUGCCUAACUUCUCCAGUGCUAGUAUUUCGUCGUCAUACCGUUUAGGACAUGUGAUUGGUGAAAAACCCAGACCAAUUGUGGUAAAGUUUGUGGAGGCGCAGGUCCGUGACAGUGUGUGGUUCGCGAAGGCUAGACUCAAGGGCUCUGGUGUAACUGAGUCGGAAUUCCUGACCAAGAAUCGUCACGAUGUGUUCAUGGAAGCAAGGCGACGUUACGGUGUCGGGAAAUGCUGGACGAAAGACGGUUGCAUUAACGUAUUAGCGUCCGAUGGCAAGCGUUAUCGUGUGGAGACUCUGUCUGAUCUUCAAGCCAUACGUCAUACAACGCUGGCAUCGCCUAAAGCUGUUCAAGACACUGUAGUUGUUCCAAAAAAUUCAGGUGCUAAAAUAACAGUACAACGUACAAAACGAGUAUUAAAGAAG